GAGUGCGCCACACCAGAUUUUUUUACCACAAGGUCUAUAAAAUAGACCUUGUUUUACCAGGUAACGCCCAAUUCACACUGCUCUUACAAAUAGGAACUGCCAGCUGAUGUUCUUAUGAAAAUUUGGGAUUAGAGUGACACAUUUUCAAAUGCAUUUAAAUUUUGUUUCAACGAGAGAAAAAGACUUCUUGUUUUCAAAAUUUAAUAAGGUUUGAGAUAGAAAAAAACAUGAAUGACAGAGAAAAAUGAUUAAUAUCACUCUUUUUGGACUAAUAUUAUUGAUAUUCAAUGUCACAAAGAUUCAAACUGCAAACUUGGACAUGCAAAAAGUGAAAAGAGCAAACUUGGAAGAGAUAUCGACAGCCACCUCAGAGGAUGAUUAUGCGGAUAAAAGGGGAAUUAGAUUGAAUAAUAUCACUAACGAAUCACUACAGGAAAGUAGCUCCGCUGUUAUUGCUCAAUCAGGUCAAAUAAUUAGUGAAAAUAGAGGGCUUUUCAAUGGUACUCAUUCUGGCUCAACUCCCAUAGCUGACAGCGAGAAUAUAUCUAAUCACACGGUGGUGGAAGGAAUAGUAGAUCUUUCAACAACGGGAGAUAAUAUCGUUCCAAAAUCACUUAUUACUGCUGGAUUAACAAAUAUGACUGAUCCUCUAUUUGUAGAGAGAGCCGAAUCCUCCGAAGAAUUGAGAACAACGGAAUCAGCAAAUAAAAAUCGGAGUGGGAUGGAAUGAGCUCGACGAACAAAGCGGUGGAAAUGAGAGGUCCACAAUUGUCUGAGGCCAAAUCUUCAUAUGGAAGAUCCAAACCAAAUGAGCCAAUGAAUGAAGACUGCGAAGUGAUCGAUUACGGGCCGAGGCAGGGUCUGGAUAUCAACGCGAGUUCGGAAAGCAACAGAACAGCGAAUAGCAGUGAGCCUUUCGUUGUUGAUCGCAAGUACAAAGUGGAUGAGGCCAAUCAGGGCUUCAAUGCUGACGAGAUUCUGAAACGAUACGAGGAGAUAGUCAACAACGACUCGCAGAGCCAGUUCAAGUUCUGCAAGAACGGUCGAUGCAGCGAUUGUAACAAUGUGACGAUCAUGAAUUCAACAGAGACGCCGAUUUGUUUGACGUUCCAUAAUUUCAAAGAAGACUUCGAAGACAUAAGGUCAAUGGAACGCAUGCUUCAGAAUACCACCAGUACAAGUUUGGAUAACAAUUUUGAGGUAAUUGAAAAGGUCUGCUUCAGAAUACAAGAUGAACCACUCAAAUUGUGUAGACAAAUGAAAACCACAACAGAAUGUGUGAGGAAAGUGAAGACGCAGAAGAAGAAGAAAAAGAAGCUCAUAAAAGGAAGGAAGUUUUGGCCACAUCAUAAGAAAAAUAAAUAGCUAACAUGAUUAGUGAAAUAAAUUCGCAGUUCUCUAAGAGAUUCGAAGGAGAUUCGUGUCGUUCCAAAAAGAUGCACAUUAUGAUACAAUAUGUACAACAGGAAAACUGCAAUUUUUUAAUGGGUUGAAUAAAUUAUUUCCAAAUUAACAAAUUUUAUACAGUGAUUUAUUGUAAGCUCUCCUUCAUGGUGAUAACAUCAGUAAUAACCUAUGAAUGAGAGUUAUAAAUAAUGAGAAAAAUCUUUCAAUAAAUACAAUUCUCACAAUC